UAAUUCAAAAUCUUAAUAGAUUUCCUAAGAUGGAAACCUUCUUGCAAAAUGAAAUACCAUCUUGUUUGGAAAUGGAGAGAGGAUCAAGAUCGCUUUUGUAUUCCAAUGUCUUUCGCAGUCUAAAUGAGACUGUCCGCUCAGACGGUGGCAGUGGCGAUGGUGGUGGUGGGAAGGCAAGAUCGUCUUCUUCAUCGUCCCCUGAACGAUCAUUGCUUUCGAGUUCAGAAUCCAGUUCUCCUGUAAACGAGGUUGGUUCUGAUACUAUGUUGAAUGCUAGAUUAUCUGAAUUAUCUAAGGAAAAUAUUGCCAGGGAACUUCAUGCACAUUCUGUCCUUCCGGGAUUCACCCAAACCGGUGGAGGAAACUACGUUCCUCUCAACUUUCUUGAAUCCUUCCAAUCUUCAAAUGGAGUCAAACACUCCGACCCUUGUUCAUCACCCUCUUCAUCUGUCAGCUCCAGAAUCCCGAAUCUAGGGUUAUUUUUACAUGAUCCAUUUCCUGUAAAAAGCGAAUCUCUUCCCACAGCCAAAACCCGCGAUCACGCUCCGUUUCCAGAAAACCCUUUAUUCUCUGUGUCUCAAUUCGAUCGAAAUCAGCUCGAUCCCGAGUCAAAGUGGCUGAAAAUCAGUCAGAAAGUCAGCAACCAUCCUUCAAAAGGAUUCAGCGACUACUGGCUCAGCACGACGAAAACUCAGCCGAUGAAAUUUCCAGCAUCCCGGAAAAGCCAACAGAAAACGUGUUCGCCAUCAUCGCCAGGGAAGCUUUUCCGGGGAGUAAGGCAGAGGCACUGGGGAAAAUGGGUGGCGGAGAUACGGCUGCCGAGGAACCGGACGAGGGUUUGGCUCGGAACCUUUGACACGGCGGAGGAAGCGGCGUUUGCUUAUGACACAGCUGCUUAUAUUCUCAGAGGUGAUUAUGCAAACCUGAACUUCCCCGAUUUAAAGCACCAGAUCAAGGCCAAUCCCAUGAACAACAACACCGCUGCGCUUCUUGAAACCAAGUUGCGGGCGAUUUCACAAGGAAUGGUUGCAUCGAAGAAGGGCUUUAACGCUCCACAGUCGUCGUCGUCGUCGCCGCAGCAUAAGCCGGUUUUGGAAGAGGAUUUGAACCAGAAAUCAGCUGAAAAAGAAUGGGCAUUGGAGGUGGAGAGCAGAGUUGGAUCAGAAGCAAUGGAGAUGAAGAAAAGUGCAGAAACGAUGGGAUCAGAUGCUGAUGCAGUUCAGUUGAGCAGAAUGCCUUCUCUGGACAUGGACAUGAUCUGGGAUGCGCUUUUAGUCUCAGAUUACUGAUCCCAUUACUUUUUUUCUUGAUUUUUUUUUUUUUUUUUUUUUGUAUUUUUGUUCGUUUAGAGGUUUUAAAUUUGGUAUUUCUUGGUAAUAAUAUGAUGACUUUCUAAGUUUAGUUAAUUUGCACAAUACUUAUAAUUUGAAUUGUUCUGCAAAUGAAUGUUCUUCAUAGUUCAUGCUUUAAUUUUGCACAG